AUUUUGAUGUCAAAAGUAAAAAUUAAAAUAAAAUAAGUAAACGCACGUUACGUCAUAUUUACGCGACGGUGUUUGUGUUAAACUCGGGUAGCCGUCAUGGUUGUGUUCCCAAGUUCACUCACGGAGGAAGAGGAGGCUUUGCAGAAGAAAUAUGCUAAACUCAAGAAAAAGAAAAAGGCACUGCUUGCCUUGAAGAAGCAGAGUUCAACUAACCAGACGAACCAAAGCGGACUGAAACGAACUUUGUCAGACCAGCCGGUUGUUGACACUGCUACAGCUACAGAGCAAGCAAAGAUGCUGAUCAAGUCUGGUGCCAUUAGUGCAAUUAAAUCAGAGAACAAGAACUCUGGCUUCAAACGGUCCCGAAUGUUGGAGAUAAAACUUAAGGACCCUGAAAAAGGCCCAGUUCCUGCUUUCUUACCAUUCCAAAGAAGUGUCUCUACAGAUGAAGAACAGCCUGAGUCUGGAAAGAGAGCUCACAGGAAAUCACUGUAUGAAAGCUUCGUCAGUUCAAGUGACCGAUACCGGGAUGAUGAUGAUGGAGGUGGAAUGUCAUCAAGCCGUGAUAUGGAUAGAGACAGAGACAGAGAUAGAGAGAGAGACAGAGAGCGAGAGAGAGACAGAGACCGAGAACUGGAAAGAGAAAGGGACCGCGACCGGGACAGAGACAGAGACCGAGACAGGGAUAGGGAUAGGGAUAGAGAUCGAGGGAGGGACAGAGACAGAGACAGGGAACGUGACAGAGACCGAGAUCGAAGCCGAGACAGGGACAGAGACCGGGACAGAGACCGGGACCGGGACAGAGAUGGACCCUUCAGACGAUCAGACUCAUACCCAGAGCGGAGAGGGGUGCGUAAAGGGAAUACAGUUUAUGUUUAUGGCUCUGGCCUGGUUGAGGACAGCCUGCGUUCUGCCUUUUCCCAACAUGGAAAUAUCAUCGACCUCUCUAUGGACAACCCACGCAACUGUGCAUUCAUCACAUUUGAGAAGAUGGAGUCUGCAGACCAGGCUGUAGCAGAGUUGAAUGGAAGCACAGUGGGAGACAUUCACAUCAAAGUCAGCAUCGCCAGGAAGCAGCCCAUGCUGGAUGCAGCCACCGGCAAAUCUGUCUGGGCUUCUCUCGCUGUGCAGAACAGCACUAAAGGCUCCUACAGGGACAAGAGGAACCAAGUUGUCUACAGUGAAGACUUUCUGUGAUGUUUUUUUUAGACAUACUCUGUUUUGGUUUUUCCUUUAGGACCUGUAGCUUUUUAUGUUUUUGCUCAAACAUUCUGUCUUAGAUGAAGAAUUGAAAAUAUUCAAAAAUAUUUUUGGUUUAAUCACUGUUGUUGAGAUGGAACUGUUUGUGACAACUUUGCUUAUGAAACUAGACAAAUAUAUCAUGGAAUUCAAUAAAUCCAUACAUUUACAACUUGA